AUGUUCAAGCAAGAGCAUGGUCAUCACGUCGAUAUGUCGAUUCUUCUCGUAUCGACAUUCGGGUCUGGGCGACAGUUGAUUGAUGAUUCAACCGCGAUGACAAAAAUAGCGGAUAGAAUUCAGUCCUACGGUGCCUAUGUCGCACUGAAGGUCCUCGAGGCAGAUGCUGGUUUUCAUUCCCUUGUGAUGGCUGUCGCGCCCGUGGUGAACUGGAGAUUGUAA